AUGGCUCAAGGGGCGGGGCACAGCGGUGGCCGCUGCGCCGGCGCGCGCGCAGCCGUGGCGCGCCGGUGCUGCGGGGCGGCCUGGGGUGGGGCGUGCGGUGCGGUGGGCGGGGCGGCGCGGGCGUGGGGUGCGGCGCCCCCUCCCCCUGCUCGGCGCGGGCGUAGGGCCGGUGCGGGCGUGGGGUGCGGCGGCCCCUCCCCUCCCCUCGCGGCGCCCCCUUGCCGUGCCUCCCUACCGCGCCCCCUCGACACGGCGGCGGACGGGUGCGGUGGUGCGGAGGCCCUCGCCGAAUCCACAGCUGCGGUGGGCGGAUCCGCACCGGUGGCGGCGCGCCAUGGCGGGAGGGCGGCGGCAGCUGGCGGAAGCGCGGGCGUGGCGUGGGCGGAGCGUGGCGGCUCCUCGCCGACGGCGGCGCGGUGGCCUUCCGGCCUCUCUCUUGCUCCUCGUCCGCCCACUGCCCCAAAUCCGGUCUCUGUUUUCCCGCAUAGCCUGAUGCGGAAGCCGCGGCUGCUGGCCAAGGUGCGGGAGGAGCUGGACGCGGUGGUGGGCCGGGACGCCGUCGUGGAGGAGGCGCACCUCCCCCAGCUACCCUACCUGCACCCGGCGCUCAAGGAGACGCUGCGGCUGCACCCGGCGCUGCCACUCAUGGUGCCGCACUGCCCCAACGCGGACGCCACCAUCGCCGGCUACCGCGUCCCAGCGGGCAGCCGCGUGCUCAUGGUGAUUUUUUUCUUACUUUUUUGA